AUCAGUCAUGAUGUGAUUAGUCUUUGAAGAUUAUUUAUAUUUUCUCUUUCUUUGCCUGUUGUAUAACUUCUCUUUUAAAGCUUACUUUUAAUCUGUAGCCCUAAAGUUACGUGGUAGCUAAUUCCAUUAUGUUUUUUUGCUUUUCUGUAAGAAAAUGACUCUAUAUAGUAUUCUUUACGUUGUUCAUUGCUACUUGGGUUAUUUAAGAUGGACCUUUCUGGGUGAGCAACCUAUUAAGGUUUGUCUUUUUCCACGAUCAAAGAUUUCAAUUUUUAUUAAGUGCUUAUUGAUGGACUAUUGUUCUCUUAUUACUUUGAGUGCGCAAUUUUUUCCACGCAGGUGCCCCACUUUUGUUGAUUAUAUUUUAGGGCGCGAUGACCGAAAUGAUGGAAGGGGUUUAGUGGGACCUCCUGGCCCUCCUGGUAAACCCGGACAAAUCGGGCCAAAAGGAGAGGUUGGGAAGCCUGGUUCCAGUGUUUCUGUCCCAGGUACCCCUGGUCAAAAAGGAGAUCGCGGAGCUGUAGGAAGGACUGGAGCACAGGGAGCGAAAGGAGAAAGAGGACAAACUGGGAAGUCUGGGGUCAAGUAUGUUCGGUGGGGAAGGACCACUUGUCCCAGUGGCGCUGAAAUCGUUUAUAAAGGUAUAAUUGUUGGUGAACAUUACACUCACCAAGGUGGUGGAGUAAAUUAUCUUUGCCUUCCUCACAAUCCAAAGUACGACAAGUACAAAGAUGGAUUACAGCUUUCGGGAUACGUGUUUGGCACCGAGUAUGAAGUCAGCGGUUUCAACCCAUUUAAGAAAAACCUCCAUAACCAUGAUGCCCCGUGCAUCGUCUGCUUCGUUAAGUCACGUGGCUCAAUGCUUAUGAUGCCCGCACGGAAUGAUUGUCCAUCUGGCUGGACCAAGGAGUAUCAUGGGUACCUGAUGACUGAAUACUACCAACACAAAAAACAACGUGACUACAUUUGUGUUGACGAAGAUGCAGAGUAUGUCCCCGGUAGUCAAACUGAUAAGAAUGGCGCGUUACUGUACCCGGUGCAAGGAGCUUGCGGCGCUCUUCCGUGUCUUCCAUAUGUCAACGGAAGGGAGUUGACCUGUGCUGUUUGUUCCAAGUGACGAUAUUGAAGGGUUAUCAAAGGGUUCCAACGAAAAAUUGUGCAGAAUCGAGACUUGAUAGACUCAUUCUUAGACCAUGUAGACUCUCGUGAUUUAAAAUGACGUAAAACUAAAAGAAACUAUAGAUAUUUUAGACCGGUUAAUGUAAUCGACAUGGCUAAACUGACGACAUGUAUGGAUAUAGAGGGAACGGACGAAAACGAAAUUAAA